ACUAUGGAGCAGCAGCUGACCAUAUACAACCAGUCCUGUCCUGUGCGCCACUGAAGAAAUCGCGUCUGAAUCCCCCCCUCCCUUCCUUUCCACACCAUGGCGGAGCUACAACGAGUACAUCGUUUUUGCGACCAUGCCGUCGAAGGCGUCAACUGGCGACCGACCCGCUUUGCCGACGAAGUGCCCAGUUCGCGUGUGUGCGCCCUCUGUCGCACGAUUCCGAGAAGCACGGUGCAGCUGCCGUGCUCGCACGUUAUGUGCCGAUCGUGUUACGCAGCCAUCUCCCAGGGAUGCGGUGGGCGGUGUCCCUUGGAUCAAGAGCAGUUCAGAGAAGCUCAGUGUGUCAACUACGAUUUUCUUACCGAAAACGGGAACGCCUUGAAGGUUUACUGCUGGAACGAAACUCGCGGAUGCGAGUACGAGGGUGCCGUGGAAGAUAUGCUGAGACACUUCGAGAACAAAUGCAUCUUCCACGCGGUGGAAUGUUCGCGAUGCGGGGAAGCCGUCUGUCACAAGGAAUUGGCGACGCACUACAUGGCUGGAUGCCGUUCUCUCGCGUUUCUUCAGCGCGAAUAGAAAACUCGUCUUCGAAAUCAAGAGCACUGACACUUCAAGACGUCAAGGAUGCCCCGGAAGAAGUGAAGACGCUCUCGAGGAAACCGAACCAGGACCAGGCGAUGCCUGUUAUUCAAAGCCAGACGAACGAGCUCACGGAACUACUCAGCAGUCAGGAGUCCAGGUUGUCCGACAUCACGAGCGAAGCUGGCGCAACUGAAAAUGCGGAGACAGUUCAACGCACUGCCGCGUCUUCAUCGACUGUGUCGCAGGAACCAACGACUCGGCGC